AUGUCUACCGCCUCCUGGAGUCUCAAUCAGAUCUAUCGACAUUAUCGAACGCAAUAUCUGUUGCAAUUUUUGCUUUUCUGCUUUUCAGCUGUUGCUGUCCUCGGUGCUUAUCGAAGUAAUCCGAUUCAUGUAACUGUCUUUGGAAUUUUGGCUGCUAUGAUGGGUUUAAUUACAAUAGUUCAAGGUAGAGGUGCUACGAAGGACCUACCUAUUCAAUCCAGGGACGUAGAGGAAGCUGAUUUGGGCGAUUGCGCUAUGCCUAAUCUCCCAGGACAAGUACUAAGGGUAGUGGACAGCACAGGCCGACAAGUCGCAGUGAUCGAUCCUGUUCAAAUUGUUUCCAUGCAAAUGAACCAACGGCGUCCUUCGAGCGGUCGCUACGUUUCUAAUUCAGACAACGACGAAAGUUCGGAGGGCGGCCAACCAUUAUACGAAUGCGAUGUCUGCGGAACCCAAGAGUACACCAUUCAGAACUUUCGUAGCCACUGUUGCCGAAAGGGCCAUGCAUACUGUGGCAAGUGUACCAGAUCCUUCGUUGACGAAGAAGCACGGUUACAACAUGUCCAGAACGCCAAGGUACAUCGCGAUGAUUCUGGUUACGGCAACGAGUCCUACGAAUGCGACGUAUGCGAUGCCGAGUUUUCAUCCCUUAAGCUGUUCCGCGAUCACUGUCGUCGAAAAGGCCAUGGAUUUUGUGCUGAUUGUAAGAGAGCAUUCAUUGACAAAGAUGCUCUCGACCAACACUUAGCGAAUGCAGCGGUGCAUGCCGACGAUGCUGACACGUCCACUGAUAGUUCUUCGGAUGAAGAUUUUGAGAUUCAGUGUAAUGCGUGCGGGACCGAUCGUCUAUUCUCUUCAUUGGGCUUUCGCGAUCAUUGUCGGGCUUUGCGACAUAAGCUCUGUGAGAAGUGCAACGAAUCAUUCGGUGACUCUCAAGCCUUAGCACAGCAUCUCCGCGAUGCCGCGGCCCAUCGAAAGGCGAGAAAGUCUCGAUAA